AUGCCAACCCUUUCACCUACCAGUCUUCUGAUUCCGACUGUUGCCCCAGGCUUCGCUCUCGUCAAAAUCAAAUAUUCAUGCAUUGAACCAUCCGAUAGAGCUAACAGCAUCGGCGCAUUCCCGAAGACAAUUUUCUCCCGCAUUCCUGGUCGCGACUACUCCGGCACAGUGAUUGAAUUGAAGCAGGAUUCAGGUGCGAGACGCUCCGAGUGGAUUGGAAAGACCGUCUACGGAACUGGCGGUGCCGAACUUGGUUUCAACAUCGAUGGCCCACAUGCGCAAUACUGCCUCAUCCCCGAGAACAUGCUUAUUGAGAAGCCCGACACAAUUUCUCUCCUUCAGGGUGCUACCGUUGGGGUUCCUUUCACGACUGCUCUGCGCGGAGCUGUAGGAUCUGCUGCUGUCCAACUUGCUCAGGCAACAGGGUGCAGGCGUAUACUGACCGCAACUCGAAACAAAGACGAAAAUCCAGAUGUCCUGUUGAAAGGUGAUAUCGAUACGGAGCUUCAGACCAAACUUCCCUCCCUCACCGACGGAAAGGGCGUCGACGUGGUGGUCGAUACUAUAGGAAAUCUUGAUAUCAUGAAUACUGCCAUCCACGCUUUGGCUAUUAAGGGUCGGUAUGCAUGGAUUACCGCACUAAAGGGAGGAGUUCCCAUGAAGUUAAGUCUGGACAUUUUUGAGGCCUAUCGAAAGGAGAUUGAGCUUGUGGGCUGUAACACCGGUCUUGCCACAACCGAGAAUACAGCGGAAGAGAUGAAGAUAUUGACCCAUUUGUUCAAACAAAAUUUGAUUCAUCCGCAAGCUGAAUCUUCAAUGAACUUGGUUGACUUGGAUGAUGCCAUUGAGAAGGGCUAUAAGACAUCUCUAAAUAAGAAGCAGACCGUGUUGACGAUGGACUAG